AUGCCGUCUCCCAAAGAUUUGGAAGAGGUGGAUUUGGAUGCUAGUGCAUUAAUAGACGGCAAAGAGGCUACUAUUGGAAUUACCCCACGGGCAGCCGAGCAACUCCGUAACAUCUCAAUGCGGGAGAAUAACCAAAACAUAAGUCUACGGCUCGCUGUUGAGUCUGGAGGGUGUCACGGAUACCAAUACAAGAUGGAGCUUACGUCCCAGUCUGAGCCAGACGAUUACCUAUUCCAACACUCUACCCUCACCCCCUCCAAUGUCUUGGUCGAUACCGUCUCCCUAGGCCUCUUGAAAGGCUCGACAUUGGACUUUGCAACAGAGCUAAUAGGUUCAAGUUUUCGAAUAAUAGACAAUCCGCAAUCCAAGGGGAGCGGUUGUGGUUGUGGUGACAGUUGGGAGGCCAAGAUAUAG